AGUGAUGCCAUACGGUCCGCGUCAGGAACACUGAAGCUUAUAGCGGCAGGCUUAUAAUGUCCACUAGUCGAUAUGUGCUUCUGCUCUCUAAUCGUCAAAUCAACUCGCUAAUGUCGUAAAGGUGGAUUCCAAUGCUCCAGAGACAGAGAAGGUAGCGCACAGAGCGGAGGAGCCAUGACACUGACGAGAGGGUCGUUCACCUACACCACGGGGGAGGAGUACCACGGGGAGUGGAAAGAAGGCAAGACAUCUCCUCUAUUAACCUUCUUUAUCAAACAUGGAAUGGGCCAGCUGAAGUUCUCAGAUGGAACGUGCUACGCGGGACAGUUUGAGAAUGGACUAUUCCAAGGCUCGGGGGUGCUCCUCUUCCCAGACGGAUCCAGGUAUGAGGGUCAGUUUACCCAGGGGAAGUUCCAGGGAGCCGGGGUCUUCAGUCGCUUUGAUGGGAUGAAGUUUGAAGGAGAGUUCAAGAGUGGUCGUGUGGAGGGAUAUGGGUUACUGACGUUUCCAGAUGGGAACCAUGGUGUGCCGCGUAACGAGGGCCUGUUUGAGAACCACAAGCUGCAGAAGAGGGAGAAGUGCCAAGGGGUGGUACUGCAGGCACAGGGAGCCGCCUCCACCGCCCGCAGUCUGGCUCUAUGACCCUGCACACACCCGAGACCCCACCAGGACACUAUGAGGAGUGGCUAGCUGUUCAGCAACUGGACUCAUCUUAGAUCCAAAAUGGUGGAACAGUGGGUCUCAACCAUGGCCAGGGUACAACGUCCUCAUACAGGCACUCAGGGAUGGACAACAGGGUUAUGCACCAGGGUUGUGGUCAAUUGUUAAUUGAGUUGCGAAUUGGUCUUUGAAUUUGAAUUAGCCACACCCCACAGAAAGAAGAAUUGAAUUUGAAUUAAAGGAAGUAUCAUUUAAUUCGAUGUAUUUUAAUUCAAUUAAAGGAAGUAUCAUUUAAUUCAAUGUAUUUUAUUUAAAUUCAAUUGUCUAAUUUUUCUACACAUCACUUGGCCUAUGCACAAUGUACAGUUACUAAUACUAUGUAUAACAUACUGUAGGUUAAACCUAACAUUACCUCUGAGUUAUAAACAAGUUAAUAUUUUAAAUGCGGUUUUCUUUGUAGUAAUAAGUUGCAUAUGCUUUUGGUAAAUUAUAUGUCAAAGGAUUGAAACUUUAAUGUCUAAGUUACAUUUCUUUGAAUUGGUUUGAAUUAAAUGUCUACUUCCUUCAAUUCAAAGUCUGCUUCCCGUGGGGUGUGGGCAAUUGAAAUAGAAUUUGGCAUUUCAUGGGUUGAAUUAAAUUCAGAAUUGACCCCAACCCUGUCAUUCUCUCGCUGUCUCUGUCUCUCUCUCUGCCUUUCUGUGUCCUCCUGCUACACCAGUGCUGUUCUGCCUUCAAAUUUGAUUUGUCACAUGCGCCGACUACAAAAAGUGUAGACCUUACCGUGAAAUGCUUACUUACAAGCCCUUAACUAACAAUGCAGUUCAAUAAAUAGUUAAGAAAAUAUUUACUAAAUAAACUAAAGUAACACAAGAAAAUGUCAUAACAAGGCUAUAUACAAGUGGUGCCGGUACCGAUUCAAUGUGCGACGGUACAGGUUAGUCGAGGUAAUUUGUACAAGUAGGUAAGGGUAAACUGACUCUGCAUAGAUAAUAAACAGUGAGUAGCAGUAGGUAAGGGUAAACUGACUCUGCAUAGAUAAUAAACAGUGAGUAGCAGUAGGUAAGGGUAACUGACUCUGCAUAGAUAAUAAACAGUGAGUAGCAGCAGUGUAAAAACUAUGUAAAUAGUCUCGGUGACCAUUUGAUGAAUUGUUCAGCAGUCUUAUGGCUAGGGGGUAGAAGCUGUUAAGGCGCCUUCUGGUCCUAGACUUGACGCUCCGGGUACCGCAUGCUGUGCGGUAGCAGAGAGAACAGUCUGACUUGGGUGACUGGACUCUUUGACUUAUUUUUUUUUGGGGGGGGGGGGCGUCUUCCUCUGACACCGCCUAGUAUAUAGGUCCUGGAUGUCAGGAAACUUGGCCCCAGUGAUGUACUGGGCCGUACACACUACCCUCUGUAGCGCCUUACGGUCAGAUGCUGAGCAGUUGCCAUACCAGGCGGUGAUGCAACCGGUCAGGAUGCUAUUGAUGGGGCAGUUGUAGAACUCCUUGAGGAUCUGGGGACCCAUGCCAAAUCUUUUCAGUCUCCUGAGAGGGAAAAAGUGUUGUCGUGCCCUCUUAACUGUCUUGGUGUGUUUGGACCAUAAUUGUUUGUUGGUGAUGUGGACACCAAGGAACUUCAAACUCUCGACCCACUCCACCCCGUCGAUGUUAAUGGGGGCCUGUUCGGCCCUCAUUUUCCUAUAGUCCAGGAUCAUCUCCUUUUUCUUGCUCACAUUGAGGGAGAGGUUGAUGUUCUGGCACCACACUGCCAGGUCUCUGACCUCCUCCCUAUAGGCUGUCUCAUCAUUGUCGGUGAUCAGGCCUACCACUGUUGUGUCGUCAGAAAACUUAAGGAUGGCGUUGGAGUCGUGCUUGGUCAGGCAGUCAUGGGUGAACAGGGAGUUCAGGAGGGGACUAAGUAUGCACCCCUGAGGGGCCCCAUUGUUGAGGAUCAGCGUGGCAGAUGUGUUGUUGCCUACCCUCACCACCUGGGGGCGUCCCGUUAGGAAGUCCAGGAUGCAGUUGCAGAGGGACAUGUUUAGUCCCAGGGUCCUUAGCUUAGUGAUGAGCUUUGUGAGCAUCAUGGUGUUGAACACAGCUGUAAUCAAUGAACAGCAUUCUCACAUACUGUAGGUGUUCCUUUUGUCCUGGUGGGAAUGGGCAGUGUGGAGUGCGAUUGAGAUUGCGUCAUCUGUUGGGGCGGUAUGUGAAUUGGAGUGGGUCUAGGAUUUCCGGCAUGAUGGUGUUGAUGUGACCCAUGACCAGCCAUUCAAAGCACUUCAUGGCUACUGAUGUGAGUGCUACGGGGCGGUAAUCGUUUAGUCAGGUUACCUUCGUGUUCUUGGGCACAAGGACUUUGGUGGUCUGCUUAAAACAUGUAGUUAUUACAGACUUGGUCAGGGAGAGGUUGAAAAUGUCAGUGAAGACACUUGCCAGUUGGUUCGCACAUGCUUUGAGUACACGUCCUGGUAAUCCAUCUGGCCCGCGGCUUUAUGAAUGUUGACCAGUUUUUAAAGUUCUUGCUCACAUCGGCUAAGGAGAGCGUGAUCACAGUCUUCCAGAACAGCUGGUGCUCUCAUGCAUGGUUCGCUGUUGCUUGCCUCGACGCGAGCAUAAAAUACAUUUAGCUUGUCUAGUAGGCUUGUGUCACUGGGCAGCUUGCAGCUGGGUUUCCCUUUUGUAGUCCGUAAUAUAUUUUGAGCCCUGCCACAUCCGACGAGCGUCAGAGCCGGUGUAGUACGAUUCAGUCCUAGUCCUGUAUUGACGCUUUGCCUGUUUGAUGGUUCGUCUGAGGGUAUAGCGGGAUUUCUUCUAAGCGUCCGGAUUAGUGUCCCGCUCCUUGAAAGCAGCAGCUCUAGCCUUUUAGCUUGGUGUGGAUGCUGCCUGUAAUCCAUGGCUUCUGGUUGGGAAAUGUACGUGCGGUCACGAUGUGGACAUCGUCGAUGCAUUUAUUGAUGAAGCUGGUGACUGAGGUGGUAUACUCCUCAAUGCCUCACAUUGGUGCCCACACCAGGUGUAUGGCUCUAUACUACACACCAUUUUUGUGUUUUUCUGUACACCGUUAUGGCUCUUCUGUACAUAGCAGAAGUCUAUCACCUCAACAAGCGAAGUAAAGGGAAACUGGGAUGCCUUUCAUUGUGUGGAACUGUGGUUGUGUGAAUUCACCCAGAACUUACCUUGGAUGGACAUGGGGCAAACUGAAUGCCUGUCUGCGCUGCUAGGAGGGGCUACUGACUCUACACAGCCUUGGGAUUGGUCUCUACGACUGUCAGUCAGGACUGUAGCAAAUUUCAGCAACAAAAAUUGUCACCAUAAGCCUACAGUGUCUGAAAUGUAAACGAUUAGAACUACAACAAGGACAAUGUUUCUGCAAUGAAACACACAACACAGUCACAGCAUCUCACUUUAGAACAGGAAAACACUGCUUGCUGGCAAUCUGAAUUCCAUACUCCACCUGACGCCUGUUCAGGUCAGGAGGGUGCUUACUGAACAUGAUGAUAGAAUAAAGACAGGUAUGAUUGUUAUUCAAGUAGAAUGAAAAGUAUGCAGUUAACUGAGCUGUUACUUGUACUUUAAUCUAUGUCUAAAUGCAUGUGUGGGAACCUGUCAGGCCACAUUGUUCUCUUUUGUCUUGAAAUAUCUUUGUCAGGGCUGUUUAAUAUCGGUCCUGGAGGGCCGAAACACAUACAAUUUUUUUUCUUCUACCUGGUAGUUAAUUGCACUCACCUGGUGUCCCAGGUCUGAAUUAGUCCCUUAUAAGAAGUAGAGGAUGAAAAACAGAUGUGUUUCGGUGCUCCUGGACCCACAUUGAACAGCGCUGCUUCAUGAUAACACUGGCAGGCUGCUUUUCAGGUUAGCACUCGCCCCCGAGUCUUGGUCUUGAAUCGGUCUCACUUUAGGUCUCGAACAAAACAUUGAGCGCGGAUGUAUUGUUUUGAAAACGUAGAAGUGUCCCAAAACAUGAUUCAUUUAUAAUUCACUAAAUAGUGGUUCUCACCUACAACAUUAAGCUCGAUUUUCAUAAUGGAAUUGCACUAUUUAAAGAAUCAAGCAUUUCAUUUUUCAGCUAUUGAUCAAAUAGGCAUCACUCUGGUGAACUAGUCCUAUACUGAGACGUAUCUACAAUAUGUGAAUAAUGACCUAUUGAUAUGUUUGUAUUGUAGGUAAAACACACAUUUCACAUUUGCCUUAACAGGGUGUGUUGGAAUAAUUGUCUAAAUAAGGGAACUGUUCAUUUGAGGAGGAUUAAAAUGAACUUCUUUCUCCCCUCUGCCAUCCUCUUCUUCCUUUCCCUCCUCUCCUAUCUCAACCUCUUCUACCCUCAUCCGUUCUCUCGUCCUCCCUCUGUAACCCCUCCCAUCCUCUUCCUUUCCCUCCUCUCCUAUCUCAACCUCUUCUACCCUCAUCCGUUCUCUCGUCCUCCCUCUGUAACCCCUCCCAUCCUCUUCCUUUCCCUCCUCUCCUAUCUCAACCUCUUCUACCCUCAUCCGUUCUCUCGUCCUCCCUCUGUAACCCCUCCCAUCCUCUUCCUUUCCCUCCUCUCCUAUCUCAACCUCUUCUACCCUCAUCCGUUCUCUCGUCCUCCCUCUGUAACCCCUCCCAUCCUCUUCCUUUCCCUCCUCUCCUAUCUCAACCUCUUCUACCCUCAUCCGUUCUCUCGUCCUCCCUCUGUAACCCCUCCCAUCCUCUUCCUUUCCCUCCUCUCCUAUCUCAACCUCUUCUACCCUCAUCCGUUCUCUCGUCCUCCCUCUGUAACCCCUCCCAUCUUCCUUUCCCUCCUCUCCUAUCUCAACCUCUUCUACCCUCAUCCGUUCUCUCGUCCUCCCUCUGUAACCCCUCCCAUCCUCUCCUAUCUCAACCUCUUCUACCCUCAUCCGUUCUCUCGUCCUCCCUCUGUAACCCCUCCCAUCCUCUCCUAUCUCAACCUCUUCUACCCUCAUCCGUUCUCUCGUCCUCCCUCUGUAACCCCUCCCAUCCUCUCCUAUCUCAACCUCUUCUACCCUCAUCCGUUCUCUCGUCCUCCCUCUGUAACCCCUCCCAUCCUCUCCUAUCUCAACCUCUUCUACCCUCAUCCGUUCUCUCGUCCUCCCUCUGUAACCCCUCCCAUCCUCUCCUAUCUCAACCUCUUCUACCCUCAUCCGUUCUCUCGUCCUCCCUCUGUAACCCCUCCCAUCCUCUUCCUUUCCCUCCUCUCCUAUCUCAACCUCUUCUACCCUCAUCCGUUCUCUCGUCCUCCCUCUGUAACCCCUCCCAUCCUCUUCCUUUCCCUCCUCUCCUAUCUCAACCUCUUCUACCCUCAUCCGUUCUCUCGUCCUCCCUCUGUAACCCCUCCCAUCCUCUUCCUUUCCCUCCUCUCCUAUCUCAACCUCUUCUACCCUCAUCCGUUCUCUCGUCCUCCCUCUGUAACCCCUCCCAUCCUCUUCCUUUCCCUCCUCUCCUAUCUCAACCUCUUCUACCCUCAUCCGUUCUCUCGUCCUCCCUCUGUAACCCCUCCCAUCCUCUUCCUUUCCCUCCUCUCCUAUCUCAACCUCUUCUACCCUCAUCCGUUCUCUCGUCCUCCCUCUGUAACCCCUCCCAUCCUCUUCCUUUCCCUCCUCUCCUAUCUCAACCUCUUCUACCCUCAUCCGUUCUCUCGUCCUCCCUCUGUAACCCCUCCCAUCCUCUUCCUUUCCCUCCUCUCCUAUCUCAACCUCUUCUACCCUCAUCCGUUCUCUCGUCCUCCCUCUGUAACCCCUCCCAUCCUCUUCCUUUCCCUCCUCUCCUAUCUCAACCUCGGGUGUAUCCAGAAGCAUGACAUCCUAAUGAGGCUAACACACACACUCACACACAUACUAUCCUCUGAGACACAUGCUGUGGUGAUGACGGGAUUCAACUCAAAUGACUCCAGUAGUUUUCCACUCUAACAGCCUCUCCAAGGAUGUCAUUUGUAAGGAGAGAGUAGGUUCAACACUAUGAUUUUGACAGGCAUGAGUCCUUAGUUGCUACAUCAUUGAUUAUUGAAGAAUAUAACUUGUAAAUUACUCAUGUGCUUAGUUUAACUUGCAUAACCAUCAGAACCCAAUAUACACUUGUUUUAGUCUGUUUAAAACCUCUACAGGAUCGGUGUACCCCCGUGGGACGGUUGAGCUAACGUAGGCUAAUGUGAUUAGCAUUAAGUAACAAGAACAUUUCCCAGGACAUAGACAUAUCUGAUAUUGUCAGAAAGCUUAAAUUCUUGUUUAUCAAACUUCACUGUCCAAUUUACAGUAGGUAUUACAGUGAAAGAAUACCAUGCUAUUGUUUGAGGAGAGUGCACAGUUAUGAACUGUAAAAAUGUAACUGAAAUGAACUGUACAAAUUUAUUAAUACAUAAAAAUGUAUUAAUAAACCAGUUAGGCACAUUUGGGCAGUCUUGAUACAACAUUUUGAACAGAAAUGCAAUGGUUCAUUGGAUCAGUCUAAAACGGUGCGCAUAAACUGCUGCCAUCUAGUGGCCAGAAUCGAAAUUGUGCCUGGGAUGGAAUAAUACAUUAUGGCCUUUCUCUUCCAUUUCAAAGAUGAUGGUACAAAAAAAAAUUUUUUAUUUUCUUUGAAUGAUCUUUUACCAGAUCUAAUGCGUUAUUCUCCUCCAUUCAUUUCACAUUUCCACAAACAUCAAAGUGUUUGCUUUCAAAUGGUAUCAAGAAUAUGCAUAUCCUUGCUUCAGGUCCUGAACUACAGGCAGUUAGAUUUGGGUAUGUCAUUUUAGGCGAAAAUUGAAAAAAAGGGUCGGAUCCUUAAGAGGUUUGUACAUUUAAACAAACACUGUAUAGUCUCAAAACAUGGCUAAAAUUAUACAUUUGAUGUUCAGUCCUUGAAUCCAUAGCUCUGUCUUUGAAUUUGAGAGUGGUUACAUUUCUCCAGACCCUCCCUUAGCUUUGUAGCGAAACGGGUGGGGAGUAUGCUUUGUUAUUGCUCCAAUGAAAGAUUCUAGCUUUAACGGAACGAAUAGAGGGAAAUGGUAAAAGUGAACUCUUGCACAGUCCGUAUACUUCUAAAAACCAACAUAUAACAAAUGCAACAUUUCUGUCACAUAUCCUUCCCUUUGUCAAGACAUGAGGGAAGGAUAUGGUUGAUCUGAUAGCUGGCUGUUUAUUCUCUAUGGUGUGAAUAGCAUUACAUGUGUGUCUUACAGUAUAUCUCUGUUAGGGGACAAGUGACACUUUAUAGGCUAGGGACACUUUAUUAACCAUUAAUUACACACCUAUGUUACUUGUCAUUAUUAGUCAUAGGACGGUUGGUAUCUGUAUUCUGUGGGGUUGAAUUGUAUUCUACUAGAAUUGAUCAUGGCUAUAGUGUGAUGAAACCCGAAUGAAUCCAUUGUACAUUAACAGUUUACUCUGAAUGAGUAAAUAUAUGGUUUUGUCGGUGGAUAACUAGAGCCUUUAUUAAAGACAAUGGAAUGAUUAGAUACACAGAGGCUUUGGGAAGCAGACGUGUCUGUAAUGAGACCAUCAUUAUCAAGAUAUACUCCGUUAUUCCCCAGAGGGUAGAAUGACAUGGAGAUCAAUGCUAUAUGGUAAAGACUUAUCCCAAAGGGAUUCAUGCUAAUAACAAAGACAAAGAGAUUGACAGGAGACGUCUUACUGCUGACAUUCUGGCUGCUAAUUUGACAAUAAAAAGUACCUUCUAAUAAAUCUG